AUGAAGGAGAGGGAGAGGAAGAGACGGUGGAGGCGACAUCCCGAUAAAAUUGAACGUUACAGAGUUCAAAAGUUUGUUGCGGAAAAUAUAUAUUUGAAGAACCCAAAGUUUGAAGCUUUUCUCAAGGAUAAGCUCUGCUGCCUUCGGAGGGCUCAUGCUACUCUUGCUCACAAGAGAAGUCAUGGUGUCACAGCUGUGGCUAGCCAUGGCUUUUUCCUUGAUCGGAAAGUCCCUGUAGAGCUCACUGCCUUUCUCUUUACAGAUAAAAUGGCAGCACUGGAAGCGCAACUUGGCUCUGUUGAUGGCGAAAAGAAGGUUUCUAGAAACCAGUGGACUGCGCAGGGGGUUGCACCCACAGAAGCUAAUGCAUUGCCACAGCUGCAUUGUGAGGGGAAGGCAACUCGGAUAGAAAUCAAUCCCCCAAUAACCAUUAUACAAGGGAUGCUGGAAUUUUUUUAAGCGACAUUCUCCAGAGUGGAUUGCUCCUUUAAGAGUUAAAUUGACCGAUUGCAAUUGUUUUUAGCAUCCUAGCUAGGUAUAAGCAUAACCAGUGUUGCGAGGACAAGGGCAAUCUUUUUAUGCAACUGCUCCCAAAAAAAUAUUGCUUGUACAAACUACAAAAUUACAUAAAAGUAUAUGCUGAGCCGACACAGUUGAUUAACUUCUUCACUUUGCUGCCUAAUAAUGAGUAAGCAUACAUUUUCUCUCGACAAAAUUGGUUGCAGGUUAGUAUAGAACAAUUGGCCAAAAAUUAUGAGUUCACCUUUUCAAUUCACUUUCGUGCAUAUGGCAGAAACCAAAUUUUACUUGGGAAGAGGAGAUUCCAUCCAGCAUCAACGCUCCUUUUAAUUUCCUGCAAACUUCUCAUGCAUAAGAAAGAACAGAAAUUGAAGUGUGAAUUUUAUUUUUAAGAAUCCCUUUGUUGACAGCUACUCUGAUUAUUGGGAA